GAGAUGGGAAGGGCGAUAAACAGAGGCAGGGAUGCUCAGGAGCUGAGGGCUGGUUUAGGCUGCCAUUACCUCCGUGUGAUUGAUCUUUGCUCGCGUGGAUUAUUUGCUCCUGCGGGUUUCGGACUGAUGCAACCGGGGGGAAACAUGCCUCUUGUGUCUUCUCCUCGUUUUUGGCCAUAAGCAGCUGCAAAGAAAAUAAAAUAUGUGCGGUUGUUCAUACCGAAGGGUUGAAUCACAUUUUGCAGGUGAAAUAACAAUGGAAGCUAUAUUGUCCCGACUGAAGCAGCUAACCUGCGAUGAGCUCAGAGAAGAAAUUGUGAAAGCUGGACUGAAGUGUGGGCCCAUUACCUCAACCACAAGGUUUAUUUUUGAAAAAAAAUUGGCUCAGUCUUUGUUGGAACAGCAAGGAGGGCUGGAGGUUAAUGCAUCUGCUCUUUUAGAUGAAGCCUCUGGAAACCCUGCAUCAAAUAGCAGCCAAUCAGAAACACAAAGGGGUUUGAAAUCUACAUCAGAGAACCACAACAGUCAUGCUAAUUUUUCUGAAGAGGGUGACUUUGGGUACAGUGUGGGUCUGAACCCUCCAGAAGAGGAAGCUGUUAUGCAUGAGACCUGUUCAACAUCUAGCUGUGGAGUAGCACGCAGUGACUCUCAAAUAAGUGCUCAAACACCAUCUAAAGAUCCUCCUCUGUACUACGGCGUAUGCCCGGUUUACGACGACAUAUUGGCAAGAAAUGAGAGAGUGCACAUUUAUGAAGAUAAAAAAGAAGCUCUGCAAGCUGUUAAAAUGAUUAAAGGCUCCCGAUUUAAAGCUUUUUCAAAUAGAGAAGAUGCAGAGAAAUUUGCUAAAGGAAUAUGUGAUUACUUUCCAUCUCCAAGCAAGUCCUCUUUAUCCCCGGUGAAAAUAGGACCGUUGUUUAACAAAGAAAGCUUAUGUUCACCUGAGAUGGAAACGGCUAAUAAAGAAAGAGCUAACAGUUAUAAAAGUCCCCGUACACAGGACCUUACUGCCAAACUUCGGAAAGCUGUUGAGAAAGGAGAUGUAGCUGCCUUUUCAGAACUCAUCUGGAGUAAUCCACGCUAUCUGAUUGGAUCUGGGGACAACCCAACUGUUGUGCAGGAAGGGUGUAGGUAUAAUGUCAUGCAUGUUGCUGCCAAAGAGAAUCAACCUGGUAUCUGCCAACUGCUGUUAGACACUCUGGAAAAUCCUGAAUUUAUGCUGCUUAUGUAUCCAGAUGAUGAUGAAGUCAUGUUGCAGAAGCGCAUCAGAUAUAUUGUUGACCUUUAUCUUAAUACCCCGGAUAAAGUGGGAUUUGAUACACCAUUGCAUUUUGCUUGCAAAUUUGGGAAUCUGGAUGUGGUAAACGUGCUUACUUCACACCCAGAUAUUGCAAAGAGUCCAAGAAACAAGUAUGAUCAAACACCAGCAGAAGUGAUUUGUGAAAGAAGUAAAAAUAAAUCCGUGCAACUGAAGGAGAAAAUAAAAGAGUAUUUGAAAGGUCAAUACUACGUUCCACUGUUGAAAGCAGAAGACAAUUCAUCAUCUCCUGUAAUUGGUGCACCUUGGUCACCUGAUCAGUCAGACGGUAAUUCCCAUACAGCUUUACCAAGAUACACUGGCAGCCCCAAAGAUCCAGUCUUAUCUGUCAGAGCUUUUGCUGGUCCAAUGAGCCCAUCCAAGGCAGAAGAGUUUCGCAGGCUUUGGAAGACUCCACCUCGAGAGAGAGCAGGCUUUUUUCACAAUGUCAGGAAAUCUGAUCUGGAGAGAGGCGUUGAAAGAGUUGGAAGGGAGUUAGCUCAUGAGCUGGGGUUCCCGUGGGUUGAAUACUGGGAAUUUCUGGGCUGUUUUGUUGAUCUGUCUUCCCAGGAGGGGUUGCGAAAAUUAGAAGAGUACCUGAGUCAACGGGAAAUGAGCGAAAAGGCUCAGCAAGAAACGGGAGAAAAUGAAACCUGCAACAAAUAUAAAACUCCCCAUCCUCCUGGAAAGGGUAAAAAGUGCAGCAAUUCCAUUUCUGUUGGAGCAUUUCUGGAAGAUGAUGAUGAUGAUGACAUGAGUUUAGAAGAAAUAAAAAACAGACAAAACGCGGCACGGAAAAACAGCCAGCCAAUUGCGUCCAAGGAACCUAGUAUAGAUGCUAUUGGAGAUUCAGAAUGUGACAUCUUGUCAAUGGAGCACAAAGUUAACAUUAUAGAAACGUCUUCCCUUUCCAGGCACUAUGAAAAGGAGGUUCCUUCCAAUAAAAAUGGAUUUUGCAGUCCUGUGACGAACGAGAGGAUCAUCAGCGACAGGAAGCACAAUAGGGAAGAAUGCCUUAUACCUCCCGUUACAAAUUUAAUGACAGAGUUUGAAAGACUCUCUUUCCAAGACCAAGCAGUAGCAGGAAAAUGUUUGGGGGAGAAAUUAAAUCAAACUGUUGCAAAAACUGAGAAUGAAAGAACUCUGGCUGAAGGAAUGAGCCAGGGCAAAGUAUCCACAGACCAGCAAGAUACCUGCCCAUUAAGUCCCACAGCAAGCUGUUCUUCUGAGGUAGGACAGUUAAGGACAGAAAGUAAAAUGCCAUCAGAAAUGGAGAGAAUGUCAGUGGGACCAGGUAUUCAGGAUAACAAGCCACAACAAUGUCAAGAGUCGUCCUCCCAGAGAUUUCUUUUGCAGACUGCACCCACAAGCAAAAGUUCUAAGAAGUUAUUCCUCCUAGGGGAACAGCCAUCAAAACUGGAUAGUGAUGUUUUAGCAGCUAUAGAAGGACUAGAGAUUGACCCGCAGAAAUACCCUGUUGUUUACAACUGGAAGAAUGCUGUACAGUCCUACUCUUCUUCUGACAGGCAAAGUUGGCCAAGUCCAUCACUGAAAGGAAGGUCCAAGUCUCAGCCUGUUGGUGCAGGUGCUUCAAGUACUUCAGCAUACUGCAGCCCAGGAAGAAACAGUCCAGUGAUGGGCAGCCCAGGGAAAUAUGGCAAUGCUGCUUCAUUCUCUCCAGAUCUUGGGAGUCCUGGACGUUACAGUCCAGCAUAUGCCAACCACAUCCUGUUAAAACUGCGUCAUAUUUCAGAACCAUCCACCCAUUAGAACAUGGUCCGUUUUCCUGGGACUUAAAUUAUAUUUACAUCUUAAAAGUGGGGCAGGGAGAUGCGGUGUUGCUAAAGUGACACAAAGAAGCAUACUUGACUACUUAUCCUCAUCUCGAGGACCAGUAUAUAGUAAAAACUGAAUACGUCUUGAUGCCAUAUACCAGAUAGAUUAUUGGUGAUUUGCAAGAAAUAAGUGAUGGUUAAGUUAACUCAGUUAUUCAGUAGCUAUAAAAUAAAUAACCCCUACACUUGUUAACAGUAGAGCAGUGAUCUGAACCUUUCACUUAACAAUUCCCAGUUGAAAUAGUGUUCUUUAUUGUAGAGCAAGUAUAAUUGUCAGUAUGAAUCUAUUCACCCACAAAUGCAUCUCUUCACUUGGAUAUCCUUAAUGAAGCACAGUGUCAAUAAACAGAUUUCUAGGUUAGAAGGAACUUACAAUGAGGAGUUAAAUACAUAUUCCAUUUGUUGUAUUUGCACUGAAGAACUUUUAAAAACUAAAUGGGAGAGAUGGCUUUCCUGUUUGAAUGAGAAUGUGAUUACCGGGUGUGUGAUCUGUCCAUGGCUAAGAACUUGUCUGAUUAGUAAGAAGAGAUCAAAAUGAGGUGCAGUUUGACAAUUUUAUGAGUCACUGCUCAUUCUGUGGGUAUUAAAUAAAUGUCAUGCAUUGAGUGUUUUAGGAAAGGGUCACAAUAGAAAUUUGAUGUACGUGCAAGUGUUUGAAUAUGAAAAGCUCAGCUUUUUUCCCCACAAAGGUUUUACCGUUUGCAGAUGUUAAUAGUAAUUACACAAAAGCACAUCAGCAAUAAUUUAAGUAAGUUUACCAGCAAUGUAUCUUAAAGGUCCAGUUUGUUGUGCUAUAUUAUGGAGAUUAACAGAAAAACCCAUAAUAUUGGGUUAAUCUUCUGUUAGAAGGAAUGAAUAAGGACUUUGACAUUUUUGUUGAAAUACAGCCUGUUGUUGUGCCUGUAACGUAGUUGUGGUAACCGUCCUUUGUUAGCUACAGUUAAUUUUCAUUCUUUAGUCCCUUUAAGAAUGAAUCCCUUAGUCCAGUGUUGAAAUCGGGAAUGUCCUAAAUUUUGAUUCAGAAUGCCAAAUACAGAUUUUGGUGAUUUGUAGUGUGCUUAAGAGGCGGCUUCCAGUAACAUAGCUCCCUAUUACACAGUUUUUUAUUUAAAAAGUUAAAAACACAACUAUUAUCUUAACAGAAAAUUCAAAGCGGACACAUCUGUGUUGGUAGAAAAUAUUAAUUAUAUUAUUGUUACUACCACCCCCAUAAAAUAAGAAAAUAAAAAAAAAAUCCUUAGGAACUUUAUUAUAAUAUACACGUUUAAAGGAACACUAAUAAUAGAUGGGAUGUUAUUGUGUCUCUGAGACUAUUAAUGCAUUAGAAGAUGGAUUAAAUUGCCUAGGGACAGGUUUGCUGGCUGUUGCAUACUAUAAGGUGACUGUUCAUAUACAAACUGUACAAUGUUCUGAAUAUACUCAUUGUUUGGUACAAGUUCCAAACUGCACUUACGCUUUUGCAAGCUUAAUAGUGCCUUUUGUAACAUAUUUUUAAAUUAGCAUAUUGUUCUUGCUUUUAAAAGUGUAAAGAAAAAUACUAUUCGCAUUCACAGGCGUAUAAACUGUGGUUUCCCUUCUAAGACUUGAGAACUGAAAAUAAUUCUAAAAGCUCUUUCUGAAUUUUAGUGGUUUGGUUGAGAUAUCUCUAGACUUUAGAGUAACAGAUGUAAAUUUUGGAAUUCCAAAGGUUAUAGAUGGCUUAAACUGAGUCUGUUUCCAAUUAUAAGAAUAUUAGAAAGAACUGUUCUGAAAAAUGACCUAACACCAGUAAAAUUAACCCAGAUAACUUAAGACCUUUUAAGACUCUCCUCUCAAGAAUCAAGUUUCCCAUAAGUUUUCCAGUAGCAUUUUGCUUGUUUUGGUCAUAGUGGUCUUUAUCAGACACAUUCCUACAUUGUCACUAGUCUGUGGAAUUUUGUAACUUCUAAAUUAUGAAAAGUUGAUCUAGUAAAGCCUCAUACACUGCAGUAUGCAAGUAAUUGCUUAUUGUUACACACACAGUCAUUUGCUUGUGUACACAAAAGCUGAAAAGGCUAGUGAGGAAAAUUUAUUUUCUUUCUGAAAUCCAAACCUUAAAACCUGCUAUUGUUUGAAAGUAUGGACAAAAUACCCAACAGGCCUGUCAACAGACAUGGCCUCUUCCAAACUAUCAUAUCUACAUUUACGAUAAGUUCUGUAUUAAUUUAGAAAUAUUGUUGGUAAACAAAUUCAGGAGGCUGAAAUCCUGAUACUUUGUUACUAGUUUCUAUUUUCUUUUCUGCUUAUUGCUAUAUGCUUUUUGUAUUUUAAUGUGUAUUUCUGGCACAAAGACUUCUGACUACAAGUUUGUAAUUAAUGUUUUAGAGUUAUGUAGGGGUGGGGAUAUUUUUUAUUGAGAAAUGGCUUCUGGAAUUUUAGCCCAUUUGUUGUACUGUGUUUUAAGAAGUAACUUUAUAACACAUUAUAUUAACUUCAUUUAUUUAAAAUUAACAAUGUAUUUCUUUAUGCUCUUGAAGGAAGAUCUUCCAGUGGAGAGUCUGUGGAGACGCUUUAAAUGUAGAUUAGAACUGUUUAGUUUUGUGCCUUUAUUAGGCAGCAGUUUGCUAUUUAAUGAUGCAAAGGACACAUUUUAUUAUGUCGAGUAAGUCAAAAUACUGAGAUGUAGCUACCAGUGUUGUUCUUUCCAUUCGAAAUAUGCAGGUAGUAGAAGGGUUGGAGUUGGAAAACGUUUGGGUCCAUAGGUGCAUGAGAAUAUGGGUCUAUGUUUUGAAACAGAAUGAAGAGUAUCAAACUCCAUACAUUGUUCAAGUUUUGUUUGUAUGAUGAAAUUGAGGUGGUGCCUCAAUCUGGUAAAAGAGAAUAAAGGCUCAGAACAUGUUUCACAUAUACUAGAUUUGGUCUUGAACACUGAAUUUUUGGCAUUUAAAAGAAACUGCCACAUUUGGAGGGACGGAGGUAAUUGUGCUCCAUGUUGCUGAGGUCAGCCAGGUAUAGUGUUGUCUUAAUGGUACAAUAACUGUACUCUAAACCAGGCAAUUAUAUUUGUUUCUUUUUAAAAUAUAUUUAAUAUGUUUUUAAAACAGUUCCAAUACAAAUGUUGCUGAUUUUUGCUGUAUGUGUCCAAAAGUUUGUUGUAUAUGCUCUGGCCUUCCAACCUGCACGUAGAUAUGGGUCUUUCAGUACUGUGUAUGUACACGUGCUAGAGUAAAUAAAGUGCACAAAGCAGUCAGCAAUGAAGAACCCUUUGAUUAUCGGGUAUGGCCACAAUGUUUGUCACUUUACCUGGGGCAUUGAAUGCCAACAAUGUUAUAUGCUUAAAGCUGCACUGAAACUGCUCUAAGUAGUGGAAACUGCAUUCCAAAGAAUUUUAGUGCAUGUGAGAGAGACUACUGGAAUUAGUGUUGGUGGGGCUGUUGGCUGUAGCUUAAUUACAGUCCUCCCUCUUUUGUUGACAGCCUAUAUCCAUUGACCGAAAAUAUAAAAAUGCCUCUCCCUUCUCUUUAAGCUAUCACCAUGUAACAUGCAGGCAGAUAUUUACAUAAUUUUUUCCCAUUUAUUUCAACAAAACUCCUGAAGUUCCUAAACAAAUGAAAAGCCUUCCUUCUGAUCAUCUGCCAGCAAACUGUCAAAUAUUAUAAACGUUCCUUAAUGUUGCACAAACAGCUUGCUGUACUGAGACUGUUAGCACAUUAGAAACAGUGUGACCUUUUUGUCAAAGGUACUCGUACCAGGAAGCAGUACUUACUUUUGUACCUUGUAAUGCAUCAAGGGACACAGGUACCAGACAGCAAAACCUCCCAUAUUUUAAUGCAUGUGUGUACAUGCUUAAAUUGAGACUAGAAAGGCUUCUGACAAUGCCCUAUACCUGUACUGCAGUGAGGACUGUAUUUAAAGUGCAAAUGUAAAACAUAUUUGCACAAAAUGUUGUCAUCUAGGCAACUGAAAAUGUCGGGGGGGAAAAAGAAGAGAAACUUAUUAAGAAUGUGUGAAGCACAAUAUCUUGGGUGGAUGCCUCAAAGCUAGUGAUUGCAGAAAGGCUAUGAAUAGGGAUAAGGAAUAUGCCAGUGCCCACAAAAAGAAAAGGAAAACAGCAAAGUAUGAAAAUGCUAAGGAUGCAUGAGCCCUGCAGGAAGAAAUGCUGGGAACUGGUAUCUCUAUCACUGAUGGAUGUUUGCUGAAAAGGCUAAAGCUUUUACUGAUCAGUUGGGUGUAGAGGAGUUUGCAGGAAGCAAGGGAUGGGUUUAUGUUUUAAAGCUUGCCAUGGUUUCACCAGUAAAUAACAUAGGGUUAUGAAAUGUCUGUAGAUUUACCCAGGCUAAGUCUGUAGCCAUUUCUAAAUAAAUGGAAGAUUAGCCUGGGGAAGUCUGAAAGAAUAUGCAACUGCUGAUGUGUAUAUAAUGCUGAUGUAUUUACUAACCCCAGGUAAGACCUCAUUCCACAAAUGGUAGUUGUACACUAGGGAAAAUAGCCAAAGAUGCUGUGUUGUAUUUAGCUGCUCUAAAUAUGAUGGAAUAGGCAAGCUGCCCAUUUUUCUUGGAGAGUGAAAACUGCUCUUCUGCUUUAAAGAGGGCAGGCACUUACCUGCCAAAUUAUGUAGUAAAACAGAGAUGAUAUGCAAUUCACCAAAUGGAUCAGAAGACUAGACAGAAAUGUACUAGAAUUGGUACUUCAUCAAACAGUGUACCAAUUAACCUAUCCAUGCACUAAUCAUUCCAAGCUGUUAAGUUCCACCAAACCCCACAGCUUUGCUUAAAGGAUAAUAUAGGAUAUUAAAUACAUUUUAUGGGCAAAAAGUUUCCUAUAAAGUUCUGCGAUUGUGCAUCUUCUAUGAACUCACUACCAGGAAAGGGAGUCACUGGUGAAACAAGAUUUCAGUCUGAAUUGUUUUUACUAGUGGAUCUUUUUUUCCUGCAAUUAAAGGAUUUUCAUUGAAAAAGAAGAAAGUGACAACCAGGGAAAAAGAAGUUUGUUCAUUUUGCUAGUAGCACUGAUGCAGGUGAAUGAUACACAGUGGUUAAAGAUCUCCCUGCCUCUGGAUGAAUGUUAGGCUGAGAGUAACGGCAAGGAGGAUUGGGCUGUAGGGAACAUACUUAGUCAGAGUUGCAAGAUCACCUUCGACUAGAAAUGCAAUUCAUCUUGAAGGAAGGGUUAGUUACUUGGACAAGAACAGUUAUCCAUUUCAUAUGGGAAAGCUAAGAGUCCCAACAUAAGUGUCUGCUUUAAUUCAUGACUGUGUUCUAGCAUCUAAAAUCCAAGAAUAUUAAAUAGGUAUUGAAAUAUCCUUAUAUAUGCACAAAAUAAUUGAAACUGGGUGGAUAUCCAAUAAACUAAUAGUUCAAGUGUU